GACCAGCACGAGUGCACGAGCAGACUGUGCAAUUUCUUGUAGUAAAUUCGUCUCAUCAAAGAUUUAGAGAGCCCCGCUUUCCUCGUGGUACAUCUGCAUUUUUGCAGUAGACAUGUUGAACUUUUGUCUCUUACUUCAUCUUAGAAGAAAUCCAGUGACGCUUCCGAUUCCGUUUUUCUUUCCAGUGCCCUUUUUUCUACUUCCCUCGCUUUCCACAAAAAUGGCAACAGAACCCCGAUAACGCUGGCUUCUGAAAGUAAUAAAUCACUUGUUUUAGCUUUUUCGAGAUUUGAAAGCUUGAUGGCUGACACCAUGAAGAAGACUUCAUUUUGAUGUUCCAUAUUCCUUUGCUGGAUUUACUCUUGAUUAAUAAAUUUGGUCUACUCUAGCAGGAAAAAGAUUAUCAUGGCCAUGCAAACACUAACACGGCAAGGGGGUGUCUUGCGCUGGUCGGGUCUGGUCACCGCGAGUAGCACGGCCCUAGCUCUACGAAGUCAGACUACUCUUUCGGGCCUGAGAUGCGGUUCUCCGAAGACAAUGGUACCAUCAUGGCAUGAGCAUGACAUCGGACUUGCGCACGGAAGACUCAUACGCCCUUGCAUAGUGGCACUGGACCCGUUUGUUGAAAACCGUGCUAGAUGCGGUAUGGUGCUCCGGAUUACGACAUCAAGGCGAUUCAAGACGCACAUACGCGUUAGCGAGGAGAGCAGCAAAACAUCUUUCAAGAGGGGAGAUUCAGCCCUACUUAAAGAUAUCGACGGAAAAUUAUCGGACGCCGACGGAGAUCCAGGUGGUACCCGCCAAGAUACAGCCAAGACAGAGCAUCUUUCACCUGCACAAAAAGUUCUCGACAAAGUUUUACACACGUCGUAUGAGGAUUUGAAUCCGUGGCAAUUGAAGGUGGACACAGAAACCGGACAAAUGUAUUACCGCAACGUAAAGACUGGGGAACGACAUGAGGGAGCGGAGAAACCCAUUUCACGAGAAAUGGCUAUGUUUCAAAAUGUUCAGUUAGGCGCGAUAACCGCUGCUCUUGGAGUGGUUCUGGUCAUGCUACUACACCAUGGCGGUGGUGCGUAG